AUGGCUCCCGCAAUCCGCAUCAUCGGCUCCCUAAACGUCGACAUGGUCUCCGUGACCCCGCGCUUUCCAUCCCCCGGCGAAACUCUCACCUCAACCUCCUUCAGCAUCCACGCUGGCGGUAAAGGUGCCAACCAAGCUGUAGCCUGCGGCCGCCUCUCCCGCCCCAAACCCACCACCACCACACAGUCAUCAACAGCAGCAGCAGCAUCAGCAUCAGCAGCAGCAACAACCUCCGCACCCGCCACAGACCCCACAUCAAUCCAUAUCGAAAUGCUCGGCGCCACCGGCCAGCUAGACACCUACUUCCGCACCCACCUGCAACCGACCCUGCACGGUGCCGGCGUCCACACGGCCCGCAUCCGCCAGACCGCGGAUGCGCAUACCGGCGUCGCCGUGAUCAUCGUCGACAGCGCCGCCGGCGGGGAGAACCGCAUCCUCUACUGCCCCGGCGCCAACUACGCGGGCAUGCAGUGCGCGCCGGACGUGCUGCAGCUGGCGCUCUCGCUCGCGCCGCGGGUGCCGGACGUGCUGGUGCUGCAGGCGGAGAUCCCCGUCGAGACUGUUGUGGGGAUUCUGCGCGGGGUGGGGGCGUGGAGGGGGAGGCGGGGGAGGGGAGAAAAGGGGGAGGCGGAGGCGUGGGCGGAGGUGGAGGUCGUGUUUAAUCCGGCACCUGCGCCGGAAGGGGGUUUGCCGGCGGAUGUGUAUGCGGCUGUUGAUCAUUUGGUGAUGAAUGAGACGGAGUGUGAGAGUAUGGCGCCUGCGGGGAUGUUGGGGGAGAGCCAGGGGACGGCGGUGACGUCGCGUGAGAGGAGGGAUAGGGUUGCGCGACAUUUCCAUGCGUUGGGGGUGCGGCAUGUGAUUGUUACAUUGGGGGCGAAGGGGGUGUGGUACAGUGCUGGUGAUGCGGGAAGGGGUGUACAGGGAGCGGGGAUUGGAGAUGGAGAUGGAGACGGAGGGUGGGUACGGUUUGUGGGGGAGGUGCCGGCGGCAAGAGUGGAGAGGGUGGUUGAUACCACGGCAGCGGGUGAUACGUUUGUCGGCGGAUAUUCGGUGCAGAUUGCACGGUGGAAGGAGGCGAGGAGGGCAGCGGGGCGGGGCGGGGAGGAACUGACGGUUGAGGAGAGGAGGGAGCGUUAUGGGCCCGUUAUGGAGCGGGCGGUGAGGUGGGCUACGAAGGCGUCGGCGAGAGCAUGGGAAUUUCAAAAUGAUUAA